GAUAAAUUUUCAAAAUGGUAGACUUCAGAGAAAUAUUUUUCUCAAGUUUUUUGAUAUUCUUAUCCAUUUCUAGUGUUCAUGGAGACACUGUCUCAAUAGAAUAUGACUCAAAUAAACAUACUUUUACUAUAAUUGAUGGGAAAGUAUCGGAAAAGUAUGUGGCUAUUGGAAAUUUCUCGGAUUCGACAAAUUCAACUGGAUGGGCCAACUUGUCGAUAUCAACCAAUGCUUCCUACUCCAACGACAUCCAAGCCAGAGCAGCAGGUAUAGCUGAAGGCUACCUGACUCGUAACAUGAUUAGUUUAUCAUGGAGAAAUACAGUUGCUGGAUACUGUGACCCAAAGAACAUGUCACCAUAUUGCCUGCGAUUGCUAGGUUACGUUCAGAAGAAUUUUGCAUGGAUGGCUGAUCAAAUAAGGAAAUACCCCGAAGACCCCAUUUUCCAUCAGGCUUCUUUGUAUCUUUACCAACUUGAUGGUUUGAUGAAUGGCUACACAGCAACCAGUAGUUUCAUAUCCAGGCCUGCAACUAUUCUACCCAUCACUGCUGAUAGCGCCAUCUUUAAAUUCAUAUUAUUUCAGAUCGGAGGAGACCUUGAAGAUCUGGAAGUAGCUCUUCAAAAAGAAGAUAGAAAACAUGUUCUUGGAUCAGGAUCCUGUUCAGCCUUGAUCAAACUCUUGCCGAAAAAUAAAGAUAUAUAUUUUGCACACGAUACAUGGAAUACAUACCAGAGCAUGUUAAGAAUCCUCAAGAAAUAUGAUUUUCCAUUCAGCAUGGGAAAAGGAAAGAUUCCUGGGACAACAAUGUCAUUCUCAUCAUCCCCAGGUGUUCUUUAUUCGGGAGAUGACUUUUAUGUCAUCAACUCAAGACUGGUUACUAUGGAAACAACCAAUGGAAACAGCAAUCCAGAUUUGAAUGAAAAUAUCCGCCCAAUUGGAACAUUAUUCGAGGGGAUACGUACAAUGAUAGCCAAUCGGUUGGCAACAUCCGGCAAAUCUUGGUCUCAAAUCUUUUCAAAAUACAACAGUGGAACGUAUAACAAUCAGUGGAUGGUUCUGGACUACAGUAAGUUCACUCGUGGGCAGCCAUUACCAGAUACAGGCCUGUUGUAUGUGCUGGAACAACUUCCAGGUUAUGUAGAAUAUGAUGAUGUAACACACGUCUUAAAGAAUCAUACCUACUGGGCAAGCUACAAUGUACCAUUUUUUCCAAAGAUAUAUAAAAUGAGUGGCUUGGAGCCCAUGGUGAAGAAGUAUGGGGACUGGUUUACCCAUGAUAAAACUGCAAGAGCAAACAUCUUCAGAAGGGACCACCAUAAUGUCAAAGAUGUAGACUCCAUGACAAAAUUAAUGAGGUAUAACAACUUUAAGGAUGAUCCUCUAUCCAAAUGUAACUGCACUCCUCCCUAUAGUGCUGAGAAUGCCAUAUCUGCACGUAGUGAUCUUAAUCCAGCUAAAGGAAAAUACCCAUUUGGUGCACUUGGACAUAGAGACCAUGGAGCUACUGACAUGAAGAUGACAACAUCAACAUUAUCCAUGACGUUAGACUUUUACGCAAUAGCUGGGCCUACCCAUGAUCCUCUACCUCCUUUUGAUUGGUCAAAAGCAGAUUUCGGUGCCACAACGCCACAUUUUGGUCAACCAACAGUUUUUAAGUUUGAUAGGAUUGUCACAUCAUGGACAAAACAAUAUUUUUUGUGAAGGGAUGUAUCCUAGAUUAGGGCCAGAUUUAGCAUAAGUUUGGCCCUGGAAUAUGUAUAUUGUAAAAAGAGAAAUAGUAUGCAUUCUAGGGCCACAUUUGUCAUAUAUUUGGCCCUGGAGUAUGGGAUGGUGUUCAGAUGUCAACCACUGUGGGAAAAGGCAUUUACUUUUGAUAAGGGAGAUGGGGUUUAAAUAUGUGAGUUGGAAAUGUUGAUUUUCAGAUGUUUGGGUCAGUGACAAAUCGUAUAUGAAGAAACUAAAUAUGAAAUUUCAGCACUAUAAAACUGUCGACACUUGGACACCAUUCCAUAAUGCUAUGACAUCGAGCACUCUAACUUAAACCUCCAAAGUUGAACACCAUUCAUUGUAUUUUUAGGUGCCAAAGGUGUUCAACUUACACAGGUUACUAGUAUACAAUACAGUAAAACCAGUCUCAUCUAAAUGCCUCAGGGACUUGCCAAAAGUGUUUAGAUUGGUAGGUGUUCAGAACAGCACAAUCCAGUACAGUGCAGUACAGUGCAGUAUAGUUAAGUACAGCACAUUGCAGUACAGUACAAUACAACACACUACAGUACAGUACAGUACA